GAACUUAUGGAACUAUGCCAAACUUUCCUCAAAACACGAAAUAUAACCGGUCUAGCAAUGCUUGCAAGACAAGCAGGCUUACCUCUUCACCUCAGGUGCAAGAUAUGGCCGAUUUUAUUAAAAUACCAUCCAUUUGUUCAAAACCCUGAGCGGUCAUCUACAUCCUCUAGAAAAUCAUCAUGCAAAACAAGCAGCAAUGACGACUACACCUAUAAAAUACCCUAUAAGGAAAUCAAAUUCGACUUGAGGAAAUAUUUGAGAUCUGCGGAACGCUAUAAACCAAAAGUACUAACCUUAGAAGUAAAAGAUAUGUUUGAAAUUCAAGAAAAAAUCUUUGACAUUAUAGAACAUGCUGUUAUCAAAUUUUUGAAGAAAUGGGGUACAAUUGUCCACUACAAUUCAGCACUUGCAUGGAUUGCAUUGGGCUUGGCAGAAUGGGUCCCACCGCUACCUAAUUCCCAGUUUGUACUUUGUGGUAGAGACGAUGUUGCUAAAAAUGGUACAAAAUUACGCAAUAUUGACGAUAGCUACUUUGAGUCAUUGAACAACUCCAACGCUGCUUCAGAUGCCUCUUCUCCCCAAAAUACUCCACCCAACGGCUUCAAGCCUAUGUCCUUUGCUGAAAUUUAUGAGAGAAUGGUUCUCGUUAUUUUACACACCCCUGAUCCUGCCACCAUUGAAAACGCGGAAAUUUCUUCCCCAAUAUCAGUGUCCAAGGAGCUGAAACAGCUAUCUUUACUUCCUUACACUGGAGGUUCCAUUACUGAUCGGAUAUCUUUCUUCUUGUUUUGUAUGCGAAAGCUACUACCUGAACUCCACAGUUAUUUGGCAGAAGAAGAUUGUCUAAAUGGAGAUUGGAUUUUAUGGUGGUUGAAAUAUGCUGGUAGCAAAGUUUGGUCGCGUUACGAUCGUGGAAGAACUUGGGAUUUGCUACUAGGCUACAGAACAGAUUGCAAGAAUUUUGAGUCUAAUAUGAAGGCACUCUCUGAAUUGACUCCUGAGCAAAUCCGACUUUUAGGACCCGAUUUAUUCUGGAAUCCAAUGGAGAAUAUGAACGACGACAAUACCGAUGAGUCUUUGCUGAAAAAUCUGAAAAACCUGAAAAAAAUGAAAUUGAACUCUUCAUCAGAACCAAAUACAAGCAGCGGUAUAAUUGAUGACGAAGAAGAUGGCGAACGGGAAGGGGAAGUAGAACGGGAAGAUGGGGAAGAUUUUUCAACAAUACUACCUCGUGACAAGCAUGAUCGCUCUUUAUCGUUACCUUUUUCGAAGAUCAACCCUCACGUGCAGAUAAUUUUUAUCAGUUUGGCAUUUCUAAAAAGUAAAGAGUUUACUAUCACAGAGCUAGAUCAAAGUGAGAUCAAGACUUUAUUCGGAAGAUUAUCGAGUUUGCGGACCGAUUUUGGAGAAAUGAGUUCAUUUGUCAGUACGAGAGAUGAACCCGAUGACUCAUCUGGCAAUGGGUUAUCGAACGGACUGCAUAGUGAUUUGAUUGAUAACAACAACACUCAUGUCAACGAUGAUCUGCAAAUGAUGAUUACCCACCAUCGGAAAUCCAACAGAGACAUCGAGAAUGUUCUUAUAGAAGCUGGUGAAUUGUGGAGAAGGUUUCUGUAUAUCAAUAUGAUGGAAGAAACA